AAAUUCCCUGAUUGUUAAAAUAGAUUCAUGAAAUGAGCUGCAGUGCUGCCAUCUAGUGACUUUCACUUUCAUAUACAGCUGUUUUUCCCCAAAACUAUAUUAUGAUUCUUACAGAUAUACAGUAUAAUUAUGCUAAUCUCAGGCUGAUAAUAUUUGUCGGCGGAUAUUAUCGGCCAUCUUGGUUUUGAACCUGGGCUCCUCCGAGUUCUGGUGUCGGUCCCAGUGAAACUAAAAAGGUUUCCAACAAAUGGAGUACAAUCAUCCAGUUUCCCUCCUCUGGAGACAACAACAGUGAAACCAAAAGUAGGUGAUAACGACUCCUGGUGGUCAGAGCUCAUAGUUAGGUCAAAACAGAGCAGAAACCAAUCAGAAACCUGGACCAAAGAUUUGUUUCUGCUCAGCCAAUAAAACAUUUACUGUAGUUUUUCAUCCAAUCAGAACUUUUACAUAAUGACAAAACUUUUUUUUUUAUUUCUUCCAAAGAAGGAAAACAAACACCUCACAGCAGCUACACCCAGUUCAUGAACAUACUCGUGGGUAAAACUCCUGUUCUGCCAAUAAAGUCUCCCAAAGCUACACAAUAGACCUGGAAGUCCCUUGAAACAGCCUUGAAAGCCAAGCUGCCUGUAACAGCUGUGGUAGGUAAACAAACCUGCUCCUGAAACCCAGGUGAGUGUGAGCUGAGGUGGGCGGGGCCUGAGCUCUGUUUGAAGCGUCAGUUGACUUACCAGGGCAGGUACACAGGACCAAAGUGUUCACAUCCACACCUUAGAAGAGCAGGAGAGAAGACACGCCUGCGGCAGGACAGACACAGACGCAGACGCAGACGCCGAGGCGUGAGGUGAGGGGGUUAUUUGAACUUUUUGCAACAAAACUCUCUCUCUAGUGCAAACUAAACUCACUGGGCAGAGACUCGGAGACGUCUUCUUGUGCUGAGUGACACUGGAUGGACAGGUUUUCACGCUUUUCUCUUCACAUGAAACUCCAAGCAUCUGUUGCUUCGUGCAGCACAGGUUUCUGUUCAAGGCUGCAUGGUUAACAGUCAGAGGACGGGACCAUGACGUCCAACCUGUCCUGCCUGUCUUCACUUAAAGACGACGACGCUCCUCUUUACAUCCAGCCACACUACAAGGAGUCCUACAGACUGGCCAUUUAUGCCCUCCUGUGCGGGGGCAAGGAGGCCUACGAGGAGUUCCUGUGCGCCGAACAGAUCAGCCACUUCCUGUCCGAGGAGGAGAUCUUGUUCAUCCUAGAAAAUGGGGAGCUGGCCCCCGCUGAAGAUGAGUCAGAGGGCAGAGAGGUCACCGCCGAGGUCAACCCCUCCACGUACUUUCCGAUGGAGUCCGAUGACGAGGUACCAGACCUGGACCUGGGCUGGCCCGAAGUCACGCUGGAGGACUCGGACACGAGCAUCAGUCUGCUGUUCCAACCUCCCAGGGAGAACACGCCGAGCAUCAAGGACGUGGUUCGCAAACAGAUUCAGGAGGCGAGGCAGCUGAUUGCCAUAGCCAUGGACGUCUUCACUGAUGUGGACAUCUUUAAGGAAGUGGUCAGCGCGACGCUGAGGGGAGUGGUGGUCUACAUCCUCCUGGACGACACCCAGUUCCAGAGCUUUCUGACCAUGUCCCACAGAGUGGGCGUCAACAUCCAGGACCUGAAGAACAUUCGAGUUCGGACCGUCCAGGGGCCUCAGUAUCAGUGUCAGUCCGGGGUCAAGUUCAACGGCGGAAUGGAGCAGAAGUUUAUCCUGGUGGACUGCAGGACAGUUCUGUACGGGACUUACAGCUACACUUGGUCCUUCGAGAAGAUCAACCUCAGCAUGGUUCUGGUGGUAACUGGUCAGCUGGUCUGCUCUUACGAUGAGGAGUUUCGGAGACUGUACGCACGGUCCACGGUUCCUGCACUGCUGUCCUGGGAGAGGCCUCCCGCCCAGUACCAGAGAGAACCUGUACCCGUGCAGAACCCAAACUCCAGCCACCUCUCGCUGCACCAGAUUCACAGGCCCAGAGUGAUGCACGGCAUGAGAAGUGUUCUGGACGAGAGGUUCAGCAACUCCAACGUGCUGACGAGAGGCGUGAGCGUCCAGGAUAAGUUACACCAGUCUCACUGUCCUGAGAUGGGGAAUCUGGUGCGGGGCCACAGCUAUGGUGGAGAGCUGCAGAAGUUGAAUUCUUUGACUCGACUCAGGAUGGGCACCAAGGACAUCGGACUACCUGACAGACCUGCUCCUCAGCUGAGGGGGAACACUGACUUACUUACCAACAGGUUGUCUCAGCAGCACCUUCGACAUCGUACUCGCUACGGUGCCGACCAAAAUCUUAUACCUUUUAACUCGGAAACAUCGCUUCACAGGUGGAAGAUGGACGCCUACUUUGAGAACGAAAUUCCACUGGACCCAGCGUUUGACAUGGCGUCCCCCGUGGGCUCUCCGUUCAGCAGUCACACGGGUUUGAAUGAGCACCAGUCACAGCUGAUUCACACCAGGUCCCGGGAAAUCAAGAGUCGGUUAGAGGAGAUGAGGCAGAAGCGGCUCAGUCUGCAGGACUACAACAGUCUCAGGCAGAGCCAGGAGAGUUUAAGGUCCAUGUAUCCUACCUUAGAAAGACCAAAAUACAUGUCUUCAUUGAGGAACCUGGACACGAGGCCUGGUACGACCGAUUUUGAGCCAUAUGUGCAAAAUGGUCGCAACGUGGAGUCGGUCAACCAGAAAAUUGGCGAGCCCAGCAACGAGUCUCUGUACAGGACGGUUUCGGCCGCUGAGAUAGACAUGACAAUGAACGACCCGUUACUCAAACUCUCUCACCUGCAAUCGAGCAGUCUCAGUAUUCAGCUCCCCAGAGCGAUGGAGUCUCUGGUUGAGAUACCUGAAGAAAAAGAUGGUUCAAACAAUCAGAUCAACAGCCCCGGUACAGCUGCCCUGCUCAACGGACACGAGGAGAUCUGCACGGACGACCCCAGAGGUCAGAGGGGCAAAUCGAGCCUGGCCACGGAAUCACCAGGUAACGAUGAAAUCAAAGGAAGCAAUGGUUCUCUGGGUAAGACGGAGACGAGCGCAGGCUCGGCUGCUGCUAAAGAAAGAAAGAAAUCAGUUGCUAAUGACAUAGAAAGUACCCCAAAGAUCUUAAACACAUCCACGGAGAGCCAGCAUUCGGUGGAGACCAAGGCGAGUCAUGGAGAAAAGCGUCGAGAGGAACCGUCACUCCAGAGGAAGAGCUCUGUGAGAAUGAAGGUUCAGUCCAUGCUUUCGUCGGAUGAAAAGAAAGACAAGCCGUCCAAGAAAGAGUCUCUCCAACGAAAAGCCUCAUUGAGAUCGCCCAAUACCUCGGGGUCAAACCAACCCCUCAAAGCUGACCAUUCGCAGGCUCCUGCUGCCAGUCAAAAGAAAGGUCAUCCACCGGCCGUUUCCAGGUCACAGAACUCCAGCGGUCCAGCAGAUGCAGAGAAGCCCAAGGCUGCUUUUCCCAGACUUUCUCCUCAUCGUUCAAGCAAACGAAAGCCAAACCUGACGACAGGGCAGGACAGAGGAUCAAAGGACACUCUGGACCAGGAGGGGGCGACGGUUGUCCAGACCAGAAGAGAAAAGGCCUACAGUAGAUACGAGUAUCUGCUCAGCACCGAACGGAUACCAAUGGAGAGAGACCGAGACAUGUCCACCUGGCACAGCAAACAGGACUCAGAGUAUCCGAUGUACCAGACUCAGAAUGCCACCGACAAGAAACUUGGACGAUUCAUGCAGCGAGUAGGAAAUCUCAUUGGCAAAAAAUAACUGAGGAGAGGAAACGACGGUCAUGCUGCAUUAAAGACAUUAAAGACACUUCCAAGUCGUGAAGCUCAAAUUCUUGGAUUCUGCCCUAACUGGACCAGGCUGUGGUCCACCACUGCCCCCUUGUGUACAACGACUGUAAUCCUGGUAACAACCUAAAGGUUACUUUGACUUUAGCUUGUGCAAUGUUUAGAUUCUGUGCAGAAAAUUGUUUUUUAAUGACUUCUUUUUAUAGACUGUGUUUGGCAAGUCUGAAAAUAUAUCAGUUUUACUAUUUGUCUUAAUUAAUCCAAGGGACUGAAUGAAACAAAUAAGAUCAGUUGUAGCCAACAGUUCGCAGGGUAAAUAUGUGUUGUUGUUUUUUGCUGGAUGGAGACUGUUCUCUUUAAACAAGGGUCU